AUGAAGGAUUACACCGAGUACCAUGGAUUGACUGGAGGGUUUGAUUGUAGUGCUGUUGAUUGUGAUGGAGAGGUCGGGGGAAUGAACAUAGAGAGAAGGAAAUAUAAGCUCAGUUUUGUACAGACUGAGUUUGAUCUAGUGAUUCCCACUGCUACAUGUUCUGAAGAAUGCCCUGAAGGUUACAGAAGAACCAUAAAGAAAGGAAAUCACCGAUGCUGCUUUGAAUGUAUCCAGUGCUCAGAUGGAGAAAUCUCUAAUGAAACAGAUAAAACGUCAUGCAUAAAGUGUCCGGAAGACAAGUGGCCGAAUGAUAAGAAUCAGUGUUUUCCCAAACCAGUGGAAUACCUCUCAUACAAGAAUGAUCCAAUUUCCAUUGUAGUUUCUGCAAUCUCUGCAUUAUUUUUUAUUAAAACGUCAAUUAUUUUGGGCAUGUUCAUAAUAUAUCGAGAUACUCCAGUCAUCAAAGCUAAUAAUCAAAAUCUAAGCGUCCUAUUACUGGUCUCCAUAAUGUUGAGUUUCCUCUCUAUUCUUUUGUUCAUAGGCCGUCCAAUGCGCGCCAGCUGCAUGGCUCGACACACCGCAUAUGGAAUAAUCUUUUCAGUGGCUGUAGCCUCUAUUCUGGCCAAGACUAUCAUGGUCUACAUGGCCUUCAAAGCCAAUAAGCCUAGACAUUCCUGGAGAAAAUUGGCUGAAAUAAAAGUUGCCAACUCUGUUGUCCUUAUCUGCCCAUUUAUCCAGGUUUUAAUUAGCUUAAUAUGGUUAUGUAUUUCCCCUCCAUUUCCAGAAAAUAAUAUUCAUUCAUAUCCAGGCAGAAUUUUCAUUCAGUGUAAUGAAGGAUCUGUGGCGGCAUUUGCCAUCCUCCUGGGUUACAUGGGACUUCUAGCAGCUGUGACCUUCAUUGCAGCUUUCCUGGUCAGAAAUUUACCAGAUAGUUUCAACGAAGCCAAAUGCAUCACCUUCAGCAUGCUGGUGUUCUGCAGUGUCUGGAUCGCUUUUAUCCCAGUUUAUAUGAGUGUUAGUGGGAAGAAUACGGUGCUUGUAGAGAUACUUGCCAUCAUUUUUUCAAGUGUUGGAGUUCUUGGCUGUAUAUUUCUUCCAAAAUGUUACAUUAUUGUGAUAAGACCAGAUUUAAAUGUAAAAAAGAUUUUACUGAGGCAUGCUCACCAACAUUCAAAGCUUUCUCAUUCUAAUUUCUAG